AUGGUAGCGUCCGCCGAAGGUCUCGACUUGGCGCAAUUAGUCUUCUAUGCCAUAAUCAUCUUUCCCACUUUCUACUGCUUGAUUGUCCAUGGACGACAUGGAUUGCUGGGCUGGAUGUACGCGGUUGCCAUGUGCCUGCUCCGCAUAGUCGGCAAUGCAAUUGCAUUCCAUGCCAUGGUCUCGGAUGGCACGGUCAACAAAGUGGCCUCUAUCCUAAAUGGAGUUGGGCUGUCGCCGCUCCUGAUGGCUGCUCUAGGGCUGCUCCAUGAGGCAAACCACUCCAUCCAGCGUAGCUUAUCCGAGCCCCUAGGGAUUAGAGGGAAUAUCAUAAUCCAUAUGGUGAUCGCCGCGGGAAUUGGUCUUGCUGCGAGCAGCAAUGGAAAGCAGUCGCAUCUGCGCAUAGGACUCAUAAUGUUCAUGGUCGGCUGGAUUUUUGUUGUGGGCUUUGUGUGGUUAUCCUAUAGAGCGCGCGGCCAUCCCCGCCGGGAUAAAGACGAAAAAAAGAUACUUCUCGCUGUCUCCAUCGCUAUGCCACUGAUUGGAAUCCGCAUUGUCUAUGAAGUCGCAGUGGCCUUUACCAGUUCGAACAUCGAGGGGGGAAGUAUAGCAGUUCGUACCGUGUUAGGCACCGUCCCAGAGUUUCUGAUAAUGCUCGAAUAUGUGGCAUUUGGGAUUCAGACCCGAUUUCUGGCUCGGAACCGUCCUGAGGUGAAAUACAAACCUGCAGAGGGACAGGUCAAGGAAGCGGACCGGGGAGACACGCAGGUGUAG